GGCGCGCACGCACAACGCCUCAGCGCACGCGCACGGCCGUUACGCGGCCGCGGGAGGGCCGUGACGCGGCCGCGGGAGGGCCGUGACGCGCGGGAACUGCCCCGGCGUGAGACACGCUGUGAGGAUUUCAGCCACGACUCCUCCACAGCCCAGAACAUCGCUUUGGACACAGUGGUCGGCGUUUGGGGCAGCACGGGUUUCAGGGAGAGGAGCAGGAGUACCAGCGGGAGCAUGGAGCGCCUGGCCUCCUUCGGCAAUGACCCCUUCGAUAAACCUCCAUGCAGAGGUUGCUCUUCGUACCUCACCGAGCCCUACGUUAAGUGUGCGGAGUGCGGGCCUCCUCCCUUCCUCCUGUGCUUGCAGUGUUUCACGCGAGGAUUUGAAUACAAGAAACACCAAAGUGAUCACACUUACGAGAUAAUGACUUCAGAUUUCCCUGUCUUGGAUCCUAACUGGACAGCUCAAGAGGAAAUGGCACUGCUGGAAGCUGUGAUGGACUGCGGAUUUGGAAACUGGCAGGAUGUGGCCAACCAGAUGUGUACAAAAUCCAAGGAGGAGUGUGAGAAACAUUACAUGAAACACUUUAUCAACAACCCCUUGUUUGCAUCUACAUUGCUGAACCUGAAGCAGGCAGAGGAGGCGCAGCACAACGAAACAGCCAUUCCCUUCCACCCUGCUGAUGAUCCCCCCCGCCCUACUUUCGACUCCUUGCUCUCCAGAGACAUGGCCGGGUACAUGCCGGCGCGGGCUGACUUUGUCGAGGAAUUUGACAACUAUGCUGAAUGGGACUUGAGAGAUAUUGAUUUUGUAGAAGAUGAUUCAGACAUUUUGCACGCUCUGAAGAUUGCAGUUGUAGAUAUCUACCAUUCCAGGUUAAAGGAAAGACAGCGAAGAAAAAAAAUUAUAAGAGACCACGGCCUAAUCAACCUCAGAAAAUUUCAGAUUUUGGAAAGACGAUACCCAAAGGAGGUUCAAGACCUUUACGAAACAAUGCGGCGGUUUGCACGGAUUCUGGGACCAGUAGAGCACGAUAAGUUCAUUGAAAGCCACGCAUUGGAGUUUGAGCUGCGAAGGGAAAUAAAGCGCCUGCAGGAAUACAGAGCAGCAGGGAUCACCAACUUCUGUAGUGCGAGAACGUACGACCACCUAAAGAAGACGAGGGACGAGGAGCGCCUGAAGCGCACCAUGCUGUCCGAAGUGCUGCAGUACAUCCAGGACAGCAGCGCGUGCCAGCAGUGGCUCAGCCGGCAAGCUGACAUUGAUUCCGGCCCGACUCCCGCAGCACCGGUCCCUUCUAACUCGGGCCGCCCCAAGAGUUUGUCAGCGUUUCCCUCCCUUGUCCCUGCAGGCAGACGGAGUGCCCCGCCGCUGAACCUCACCGGGCUGCCAGGGACGGAGAAACUGAACGAGAAGGAGAAAGAGCUCUGUCAGACGGUGAGGUUGGUCCCCGGAGCCUAUUUAGAAUACAAAGCUGCUUUAGUGAACGAGUGCAACAAACAAGGAGGCCUGCGGCUCGCGCAGGCGAGAGCGCUCAUCAAGAUCGAUGUGAACAAAACCAGGAAGAUCUAUGACUUCCUUAUCAGGGAAGGGUACAUCACGAAGGCCUGAGCUCACACACGGCGCGCUGCGUGGAGCACCCGGACAUGGAGAAGCCCUGAAGUCACGGUGACAGCGCUGAAAGAUUUUAACAGUGUUGAAUGAAGGACAUUUUCUAUUGUUUAAAAUCUUUUGGGCCUUUUUUUUUUUUUUCAUAAGAACAAGUAGGAAGCUUUGUUAGGUGGUAUGAAUACUGACAUUUCUUUGGUUUCCUUCUGACUGUGCUGCUUAACUCUGCUGUUGUCAGAAGCACACCGCCAUGGCGCUGUGGUAUGAGCCGCCCUGUAACGCGAAUGGCCGCUCCUCUCUAGCAUCUCACAUAACUAAAAGAGAACCGCGGUACUUUUAUUCUGGCAGUGCAGAGAACAAGGACAGCAGGGCAGCACCUGAGAGUCACCCUGACUCAACCUGAGCACAGGUACAGAAAUGCAGUGCCCUCCCUCCUCAUACUCCUUCCUCAAAGAGCGCCAGCUUUCAAAGGAGACGGCACAAGCCCGAGGGUGCAGAAAUGGAGCUCGCAGUAGUCCAGUCUUUUUAACUUAAUUAUGAUAAAGGAUGGGAAAGGACAUUGCGGGGAAGCUCCUCGGCAGUUGUUACUUUUAUGUGAUAUUAGCACAUAUCGCAGCAUGGGAGCGCUGUACGAACCAAUAAGCUUCAUCUGCUGCCACCCGAUUUGCCGUGGUCAAAUUAGGCAGAAUCCUUCAGCUCAAGUCUGACUUGGCUGCUGCGGCUCCUUGGGAAGGCUGCACAUUACAGCCCCAGCUGCCUUCUGAACAUCAACAAAAAGCCACUCCCUUCCCUUCCACCAAAGAGGGGAGAGCACUGCACACUCCAGGCCAUGCGCUCUCACCCUCCUGGAUGUGGGACCCUACUCUCUCCCCUUCGCAUGCGAGCACGGCUCGCACAGUUGGCCAACAAAGCAACGAGGAGUUACUGCACACACACAACACCCGGGCGCAUCACAGCACCCGUUGUAAGAGCAGUACGGAAUGUUUGCAUUUCAAAAUACAGUUGGGUGAUGAAGGGAGUCCUUGGGUCCUUUUCUGAAGCAGCUUGGCACGGUCUGCUGGACAGCAAACCUCUCAUCAAACAGCUUGCACUGCUGACGUAGAGUGCAGUGCAUUGUUAGGUUCUGGCUGAAACAACACUCCAUAAGUAACCACACAGCCAAAGCAGGGAGGAGGUGUGUCCUCAGGACUGGGACCUCACACUGAAAAGCCCAAGCUAGAACUAUACUGGUGCAUAUUUAAGAUGUUUGGCUUUAGAUUUUUGCUUCCCCCCCCUCCCAGAAAUGUAAUUAUCCUCUGUACCUGAGGUGCCGCUGAUUGUGCGGUAUUUUGGCCUGUAAUAAAAUGAAGUUGAUCUGAAA